AAGAAAAGCUGAGAAAUAAAGCCUUUCUCUUCUGACUUGGAUAUUCAUAAUGGGUAUCGGGAAGUCUAAAAUAGAUCGCUGCUCUCUCUCUCUCUCUUUGGCUAAAAGCCACAGUGUGGACACAAGUCAAAGACAUCAUGAGUCAGAAUCCAAGAAAUCUGAAGUCUCUCUGUGUGAUGUUGCUAAGCACAGCAACACAACUGAGAGGCCAGCAGGAGAGCAGGAGGGAGCUGAGGGCGUGGACGGGGAGCCUGACGAGGAAGCAGAAGAAGAGUUGUUCUUCAAAUUUGUGAUAUUGCACGCAGAAGAUGACACAGGUGAAGCUCUCAGGGUCCAGGAUCUGCUCCAGAAUGACUUUGGCAUCAAACCUGGAAUAAUCUUCGCCGAGAUGCCAUGUGGCAGACAGCAUUUACAGAAUUUAGACGAUGCUGUAAAUGGGUCUGCGUGGACAAUCUUAUUGUUGACUGAAAACUUCUUAAGAGAUACGUGGUGUAAGUUCCAGUUCUAUACGUCCCUAAUGAACUCCGUUAACAGGCAGCACAAAUACAACUCUGUUAUUCCCAUGCGGCCUCUGAACAAUCCCCUGCCCCGGGGAAGGACUCCGUUUGCUCUGAGAACCAUCAAUGCCCUGGAGGAAGAAAGUCGUGGCUUUCCUACACAAGUAGAAAGAAUUUUUCAGGAGUCUGUGUAUAAAACACAGAAAACGAUAUGGAAAGAGACAAGAAAAAUGGCACAAAGGCAAUGUAUUGCCUGAGAUGGAACAGAGAAUACAUGGCUGGCUCAUGUCUUAAAAACAAAUGAUUUCUCUUCACUUGAGAAAGCAAUUUCCAGGAAAAGUUUAAAUAGAAGCGAUCCUAUGCUUAUAGGAAGCUAUGGAGCACAAGGAAGAUAAAUGUCUGCCAGACAAAGAAUGUGGUACUUUUUGAUGUUUCAGUAAACUUGAGAAUGGCAGUUUCAAGAACUUUGCUGUCACAACUUUCCUAGUUCAUGAAUAUGACACAGGCUAUUCUCAAUUCAUACUCCUGUGUUGAACCUUGAACAAAAACUGUUUGAUAGACACUUUAAAAACAAUAACACUUUUGCACUGUCCAGGUGGGUCAGGUAGUUGG